AUGAACGCUUGUUUAGAUUCAGACGAGAUCGUAGAAAUAUUUUGUGAAAAAUGUCCCGGUGGCGUAAAACCUCCGUAUUUUUGCGUGGACUGUGUUUGUUUACUGUGUAGAUCUUGUAAGGUACAUCAUGAUUUCUAUUUCAAAGAUCAUGUGUUUGAACAGAAGAACAAUAUACCGAGCGAUCUUUACCGCAUGAAAUGUUCUAAACAUGUGCCAUCAGUUACUAAAUUUUACUGUUUGAGGUGUGAUAAAUUUGCAUGCGCCACAUGCGUACAAUGCGAGCAUUCUUUGUGCUCAGGUAUGGUAAAAUCUGUAUACAGCCUAUCAAGAGGAUUACAUGACAGUCGAGAGUUUAAGGAAUUCUUAAAAAGGAUAAAUGAUGCAGAUGUAAAACUCGAAGAGAUUGAGGACACAAAUACAAACAUCUGGUCAGAAAUAGAUAUUUACAAGGACAAAGCUAGGAAUGAAAUAGAACAGUGGCGGGAUGCAAUCAUAUUGAAGGUGCAAUCACUCUCCAAUGAACUUUGUGAGUCGAUUGAAUUCGAGGCAAGCACUUACCGUGCCAAGGCUCUUACUGUAGAAAUGGAACAAAGUAAACUAAAGGAAGAUGUGAAAGCAACAAAGAAAGAUUUGGUGAGGAAAAUAUCGUCACGGGAAAACUGUUUACUCUUCAAGAUAUUGAAAGAGCAGGAUAUGGACAAUGUAGAAAAUGCAGUAUUGGCGUUAGAAAGAAAUCAUAGUGCUUUUCGUUACACAUUUCAGCCGUCAGAAAAUAUCGAGAAAAUCAAAAGUAUAUUAAAAGGUACGACGUCAUUUGGCAGCUUGAAAGCAACAGGGUGCAAGGGAUCUAUACGAGAAAAACUAAGUGAUGGACUUAAGUACCUACUUAGUCCUAGAAAAUAG